GUCAUUGUCUAUGCGUUACCGGAAGUUCACACUAAAACGUGUAUUAUCUUGCAUAUAUCGGGUAGAUAUAUAUAUAUUCACUGCGAUCGGUUCUUAUUAUACUGCCAGCGUCUUGUUUUGAACCUAUUUGUCAUUCAUUACGUUACCAUAAUUCUGUGGAAACACGUCCUCUUUCGGCAACUUCCCAACGCGCGGCUUGUCGUCGUCCGAGCAGAAUGGAAGACUUUCAUUGAAACAUACUGCAGUUGGUGUGUUUUAUAUGAUAUGGCAAAAAUCUCAGCAUUACCUUCUUGGAAGUUAUUUAUUUCUCAACUAAAGAAUUGCUCUACAGUUGCUGAAUCUUCUAGUGGACGUAGCAAAGUUUGGUUGAUUGAAUGUUGUGGACAGCGACAGCAGUUCACAGUUGUCUGGAUCCAAGGGAUUGCUACACAGUGCUCAAAUGAUGAUAACACUAUCUAUCUUGAUGAUGGUACAGGCCGUGCAACAGUUCGAUGUGGCACUCUCCCAAGUCAGUGUGAUAAACUUACCACUGGUCAGUAUGGAAUGGUGAUUGGAGAACUUCUGGAGACAGAUGAAUCUCCAACUAUUAGGGCCAUUAAGAUGCAAGAUCUUGGAACAGUACCAAGAGCAAGUGAUUUGUGGAAGCUGGAAGUUAUUGAUAUGAAUUUGGCUUAUCUGAUACACGAAGGUCAACAACAAUUGCUCUAAUACUAUUUUGUGUUAGUUCAGAUAAAUCAGUGAACUAAUCACUCUUGAUGCUGGUUGCUGUUUUGAAUGUACCAGAUAUAAAUUUACCAAUAUUUUUCAUUGGAUCUUCAAAUGGAUGCUGCUACUAUUUCAGUUGUUGUGUAUUGUAUUCUGCAUAUGAUCUAGGGCCACAUAUGAAAUGUGAUGGCAAUGUAAUCAAGGACAUAAACCAGAAGCACUGAACCCAGGCUUAUGUGUUCAAACCAUUCCUUCAGUACUGUAAUUUACUUCCAGACAUGACAUUAUUAUAUUCAGUAGAUUCAGUUUGAAUUAACUACCUCAUUCAUUCAACUGAGUGGCUCAUUAUUGCUACAUUAAGGUAAUAGAUUAUAUAUGGUUACAGGGCCAAUGGUAACACAGUCAUUGUGCUGGACCUUAAGUAAGGUAUUUACCUUUUUUUACCUGGCUGUGCAAAAACAGAAAAAAUAAAAACUGCGCUAUUCCUACAUUGUGGUUGAACGAGUGGUUAAUAUUAAGAAUAGUGUCCUUGAUACUAUCGUGAAAUGUCGAUUAAACGACAUCAUGAACAUGAGAGAAAGAGAGGUCACCAUCUUGUACGUAAUAACAAGAAAAUAGGAAUUUGUGAGAUGUUUGUAAUAAAUCAUAACAUAUUUAUUACUGGAGGUAAUGUGUUAAUAUAAAAGAUUAAUUGAAGGGAAAGCUUGUAUCAUUACAUGAACAGAUUCUUUUAGCAAUCACGUCUUUUGGCGUUAGGAAGGGCAUCCAGCUGUAGAAACACUGCCAGAUCAGACUGGGCCUGGUGCAGCCUCCUGGCUUCCCAGACCCCAGUCGAACCAUCCAACCCAUACAAGCAUGGAAAAACCGAUGUUAAAUGAUGAUGAUGAUGAUGUCUCCAAGUAAGUGAGGUGAAUGCAUGCGUGAGAGGGUGCGUAUGCGGUGACCUGACUCAAUGCCAGUCUAAGACUAGACAGACACUGAGUGGCGCAAAUUUAGAAAUUUGUUCCUUUAUAUAAAGGAUGAACCGGAAGUCCCCGACUUUCACGUCAACUGGAAGUUUCUAGAAUGUUUUAGAACGUUCUAGAAGGCCGAGGGAGAUGACUCUCGUUAAAUCCCUUCUCCAUUUUGCUUUCAUGCUUGACCACCAGGGUUCACUAUGUAACUCCCUCCUCAGACGAGCAGUCGAUAAGCAAAAUCAUUGCAGUGAUCCAGAGCAGAUACAAAGCAAAAUGAGGUAGCAGAAGCAUGAUGCAUGUAUUGAUUUUUUCUAUUUUACUACUUGUUUUGCAAGCAUGUGAUAGAUGCUGAAUAUAAUUGCAGAGUUUGGUGCUAUAAACCUUUAGCUACACAGCUAUACAACGUAAAAUAUGCAUGGGAAAAAUGUUUGUGAAUAACAUUCUUUGUAAAAGAAAUAAACAGUUUGUUUUGUAACACAAUGU